AUGAAGAUCACACUCUUCUUCCUCCUACAGCUUGCCGUCUCUGCGUAUUCCCUUCUCCAGGAGUUCUGCGUCACAGACCUCUCUCUGCCGCCGACGCCGGCCGGCUACCAGUGCCGGAAGCCCUCGACUGUCACUGUGAACGACUUCGUCUUCAGCGCGCUGGACAAGGCGGCCAACACCUCCAACUCCAUCAAGGCCGGAGUGAUCGUGGCCUUAGACACGCAGUUCCCCGCGCUGAACGGGGUGGGCUUCUCUAUCGUCCGGGUUGACUUCGCCCCCGGCGGCGUGAUUCCCCUCCACGCCCACAACGCCAACGAGCUUCUGGUGGUGAUAGAGGGCACUCUCGUUGCCGGGUUCAUCUUCUCCUCCAACACCGCGUACUACAAAACGCUCCGUAAGGGGGACGUCAUGGUGUUCCCGGAGGGCCUGCUGCACUUCCAGGUCAACACCGGCCCGGCGGCGCCACCGGUUUGGUCAGCUUCAACAGCCAAAACGCCGGCGUGCAAUUACUCCCCAACUCCCUCUUCAGCAACGACUUACCCUCGGCUUUGA